UUCAAAGUUAUGACUGUCAACAGUGCGUUAAAAGCCAAGUAGCGAGUGCGUCGACUGUUUGUUUGAUGACAGGAGAUAUUUCGUCUUAUCCUCGUCCUCUUCAAAAUAUUCGCCAUUCGAUGUUAUGCACUUACGCCAGUGCUUCUUCCAAUCGUCGAAGUUUUUCUAAAUCUCGAUUUCUUCGAUAGCCUUUAGUGCUUUCAGUAAUGUGUUUUUAAUGUCAUUUGUGCUUUUAAAACGGCGACCUUUCUACGACGGGGUUUUGGAAAUAGGGAAAAGUCAUACAGAGCCAUGUCGGACGUAUAUGAAGGCUGGGGCAUUACUCAAAAGCUCAUACUUACAUGUUUAGCCUUAGUUACUACUACACCUCGUACAUAUGUAAAUCAUAUGCAGACAGGAAAACUUAAAUCACAAUUGAACUUAUUGAUAUGGAUGUUGACCACUCGGAGAAGCACUCGCUUAACAAUGAUUUCAUGGACAGUGAACGCAGUGAAAUAGAUGGAGCAAUGAGGCAUCCAGAGGAACUGGAUGCUCUGGAAGAACUUGCUACAGUGGAUGUAAAUGCUUAUGCUCAUAAGAAAACCUUGGCACAGGGUAUGAUGGAUUUAGCAUUACUCACAGCAAAUGCCAAUCAGUUGCGCUAUGUGGUGGAGACCUAUAAAAGUCAUCCAUAUUUCUAUCCCAGUUUGGUAUUAUUGAUACUUAGUAUUGGCUUCCAAAUAGCCGUGGGCGUUGGUUUGAUACUCAACAGUCGUUACAACAUUGAAGACAAAAAGGAAGUAUGCCAUGCUGAAAAAGUUAGCAAUUACACAAUAUGCGGCAUUUUUAUAAUAACUGUGAUCAAUGUCUUCAUCUCUGCGUUUGGUGUGGCGGACGCGCCUGAUGGCAAGUAAUAGUGGAGACCGCUUCAAUCAAUACGGUGCAUAAAAUAAUGUGAUAUUCAAGAUUAUUGUUUGUUUUGUAAGGAUAAAUAUCUCAUUUUAUAUAAAAAAUGCUUACAUAUUUAUGUUUAUGUAUAUAAUAUGUACGUAAUUAUAAGUUAACUUAAGUAAUCACAAAUUAUUAUAAUUGUUUUAUAAAAAUGUAAAUUUAGCAUAUACAAGUAUAAUUAUACUUUUUAAUUAGGCAUUAUCAUUUCUCGAAU